UCAAACUAGCGAAGUUUUCCGGGGGAAAAUGUGCUCCCGGGUAUAGAGGCAAGUUGUUAUUACUCCGUAUUCAGGACUCGGGGAGAGAGGAGAGGUUUGCUGGCAUCAUCAGGAUCCACUCUACUCUUCUCAGCUUCUCUGCUUCCGGGAUGCUCUCCCUAUUGCGCCGCCGCCUCCUCGCCCUGCCCUUCUCCACGCUGCAAUCGCCCGCACCCGCGGCCACCCCCGCUCCGUCUUCUUCUCUCGACGCGGCGGCGGUGCUGGAGACGCUCUCGCUCUACACAAACGACUGGCGCCGGGCGCUCGACUUCUUCCACUGGUCCGCCUCCCCCGCCGGCGCCAACCUGCCGCCGACCGCGGCCACCCUCUCCCGCGCCAUCGACAUCCUCGGCAAGCACUUCGAGUUCCCGCUCGCCACCUCCCUGCUCCUCUCCCACCACGACCCCUCGGACCCCGCCUUCCUCCGCCCCGCACUCCGCGCCCUCCUCAACCGCCUCGCCGCCGCCAACCUCGUCGACGACGCUGUCCGCGUGUUCGAAUCCACCGCCGGCUCCAUCGGCCUGCGGGACGAGGCCUCCUUCCACCUCCUCAUCGAUGCGCUCUGCGACCACCGCCGCGUCGAUGAGGCCCACCACCUGUGCUUCGGCAAGGCCCCGCCGCCGUUCCCGCCGGGGACCAAGACCCACAACCUGCUCCUCCGUGGAUGGGCCAAGACGCGCGCCUGGACGCGUCUCCGGCAGCACUGGUUCGACAUGGACAAUCGAGGCGUCGCCAAGGAUCUCCAUUCCUACUCCAUCUACAUGGAUGCGCUUGCCAAAUCAGGGAAGCCCUGGAAGGCCGUCAAGGUGUUCAAGGAGAUGAAACAGAAACGACUUCCGGUGGAUAUUGUUGCGUACAACACUGCGAUCCACGCGAUUGGGCUGGCGCAAGGCGUCGAUUUCUCUGUUCGGUUGUAUAGGCAGAUGGUUGAUGCUGGUUGCAAGCCGAAUACUGCCACUUUUAAUACGAUUGUCAAGCUAUUGUGCAAGGAAGGGAGGUUCAGGGAAGGUUAUGCGUUUGUACAGCAGAUGCACAAGGCCGGGUGUGAGCCCAAUGUGCUCACCUACCAUUGCUUCUUCCAGUAUUUGAGCCGCCCGCAGGAGGUCCUUGUACUGUUUGAGAAAAUGCUCGAGAGGGGUUGUCGGCCAAGGAUGGACACGUAUGUCAUGCUCAUAAAGAGGUUUGGGCGUUGGGGUUUUCUUCGUCCAGUGUUCUUUGUGUGGAAGACAAUGGAAGAACAAGGGCUCAGCCCGGAUGCAUUUGCGUACAACACACUUAUUGAUGCAUUGCUGGAAAAGGGAAUGGUGGAUUUGGCUAGGAAGUAUGACGAGGAGAUGCUUGCAAAGGGGCUGUCACCCAAGCCAAGGAAAGAGCUAGGGACUCAGUUGCCAGGAGCAGAGUCUGACAGUGAUAAUGCGAUGAGUGGUGUGUUUUGAUGCUGAGAAUUAGCCAGGAAAAAUGGUAUCAGCGUGUUCGUCUGUCCACUGGUUAUCAUGGGACCACUGGGAGUGAUUCACAAUGAAGUGGUGAUGUCCAUGUUUCCCUUUCCCAGAGAAAGUAGGCUUCAUGUUCAUGGAGAUCUAUUUUGAGACCUUGGAUUUUAUAUUGAAGUAAAGAUCAAAAGCAUUAUUACAUUUCAUGUCAAUUAUCAAGCAGCUGCUCCCUGAGAAAACAAUUGCAAGUGGAGGUGCUUGGCUCAGAUGUUUUGCUCACAGUUUGCUUUAAUUUGUGUUCCUGGAAAGCCCUGUUGCUCAAGUUGACGAAUGACAACUAAAUGGCUGGGAGCUGAGUUGGACUGUUAGCCUGAUUCAACCUUUGAUACAAUGAUGAAUGGCUUAUUCACAGGAAGUUUGAUAUUACAGGUUUAGCGGAUUUCCUUUGCUCCUCAGAGAUUGUGGCAUCAUUCUGACUGCCCUGGGAUGAUGAUGAAUCAAUGUCUUGAAGGGGUUUUAAUCAUACAGUCAUUAUACAUUUGAAGAGAAAUGAUACAGUGAUACUGGUCGUUCUUAAACUUUGUGUGGCUUCCCUAUGGAAACUAUGAAAGGAUAUGCGACAUCUCAUGGCAUGCCGGCAUCUCGGAAGUCGGAAUAGCAGCAUGCCAUGCAUAGAGGAUUUAUGAGCUGUUCAUACAAAUUGUAGCAUUCCUUAUAUAAUCUCGAGUGACUAUCAGAUGCGGGGAACAGAAAGAAACUACAGGCGCUUGGACGAAGGACGUCUACUGAUCUACUGAUGACCUUGCAAGGAAGAUAACGUAGUACCAUAAACCCGGUGCUGGACUGACAGAAGAUGAUGGGGGUACAGGAGUAGCAUCCUGCGAGAUAAAAUAUGCACGGAGGAAUCAGUGAAGAUUCUGGAGUAAUGACUCUGCAGCCCUUUUGAAGACAAGAAUAUUUGAUGUUUUAUUGCUUUACCAUCUGCCUAGUUCCUUUUUUUUAGACCUCUGUCUAGUACUACUCUAGUUCCUUUUUUGGGCGUGUAAACAUCAACAUGCACUGUCUUUAGUUACCUCUGGUUUCUGUAGCUACUCUCAUGCCCCGUUUGGAACAAAGGUUUUUCAUAGGAAUUUCACAUGAAAGGAAUUCUGCAGGAAAUUUUCC